GGCCUUCAUUUCCCAGAAGCCUCAGCCACGUUGGCCAAUAGUGUGGGAUUCUGGGAGCUGGAGUCCAAAGUCCCUUAAAGAGCCCAGUUUAGAGACCACCACUGUGGCAGUGGACUCCAUUUCAGGUUCUGUCACUAAGAAACCCGAGAGCCAGAGCGGUGUGAUGCUUUUGUGUGGCGUUAGGGCCCUCCCUACACGAGCCACUCCCUCUCUCCCAGCCUCAGAGGGAGGCGAUAAAGAAGCAAGUUCUGCCCAGAACGACACCAAGAAGCCCCUCAGGAGAGGCCCCUGGUCGCGUGACGCCCAACGUCCCAUGAAGGGAGGCAGCGCGGCGGGACGCGGCGGGACUGAGUCGCAGCCGGCCGCCAUCUUGUCCCUCCGACGGACCAUGCGGGGGCGCUCCCUCCCCGCUGCCUUCGCCUUCUCCUUCGCCUUCUCCUCGGCGCUGCUGUGGCUGCUGCUCAGAGAAGCCUGGGCCCAGAGGAACGUAACACAGGGAAAACGACGCAUGGAUAUCCUUGUGCCUAUGCUGCUUUUUCAUUUCAGAGAUGUAUCUGUAGGGAAGCCGCUCGCAGUGGCACAUGAAACCACUACCACACAAGAAUGUGGAUUGAGACCUGCUAUGGGUCCUGGAACCGGGCCUCGGAUUGUAGGUGGACAUGAUGCUCACCCUGGAGCAUGGCCGUGGCAAGUUAGUCUUCAGUUUUAUGAAAUUGGCCUAGGAUAUAUCCAUCUAUGUGGUGGAUCAUUAAUUACCAACAUCUCAGUGGUGACAGCAGCACACUGCACAAAAGCAUCAACGAACCCAGACUUUUGGAGGGUUGUGAUUGGCUUGCAUCAUCUUCAUAAAUACAGCUCUUAUACUGUAAACCGCCGAGUGAACACUAUCACAAUCCAUUCUAAGUAUAAUACGGAUAACUAUGAGAAUGAUGUUGCCUUGUUUAAGUUUGUAAAACCUAUCAAAUUCAGUGAAUAUGUUCAACCCAUCUGCUUACCUGAACAAAAUUCGAUUGAACCUUCGUAUCCAUGUUUCAUUACUGGAUGGGGACACACAACAGAGAAAGGUCGUGGGAAACUUAUAUUACAAGAAGCUCAAGUAGAUAUUAUUCCACUGAAUAAAUGUAAUCGAUAUAACGGGUAUGGAGGAAGACUAACAUCAAAGAUGAUUUGUGCUGGCUCUGAAAGUGGGCGUGUUGAUAGCUGCCAGGGAGACAGUGGUGGGCCUCUGAUGUGCUAUGUCCCACAUGCUGCCAAGUUUUAUCUGGUAGGAAUCACCAGCUUUGGAUACGGUUGUGGUCGACCCAAACAUCCAGGAGUCUAUGUUCGUUUACUCAGUUUCAGACGUUGGAUAGAUACUCGUCUACGUAGUAAAGCCACUACUGUGAGCUUCCAGUGUUUUGUGACUAUGGGGUGGGUACUCUUCUAUGCUGGUUUAUGAGGAUACAAACUUCUCAUCUGUUGCAGUAGAAUGAUAUUGGAUUUCUCUUUACACUUAUUGCUUCCUCUUGGUAAAGUGUCAUUCAAAACAUUCAUUGUUUAACAAUCAACAUACUAUUUUCUCUCCAAUGUCUGAGUUACAUUCAGAAAUAUAUUUCCAGUGUAGUUUUAAAGACUAAGCCCAAUAAAGACUUAUGGGUUUACAUGUGUAAACCUUAAGGACUGUAAUUAAAAUGAAUAAUAUUUUUCUAAAUUGACUAAAACAUGUAAAUGAAUAUGAUUUUUAAAAAGCAACACUGAAAAUAAUAAGUAGCAUAUAGUGGAAAUGGCUGUUCACCCAGUAUAUUACUGUUGAUUUAUACAAUUCAAACCAUACAAUUUGAAAUACAUAUUUUGAUAUUGCAGGAUAUAAUAAACAAUAUAAAUGAUACAAAUGACAUUGUAUUUAACAUAGCAUUUUUCAAAUAAAAUGAUUGCAA